CACAACUUUGCAAGAGGAAAGGUGCUGAGCAGGCGAUUCAAACCACAUGUUGUCUGUCUCCACACCGCCCCCGGCCCGCAAGGAAAUGCAGCUUUCAAAACAACAUCUGGGGGAGCCACCCAGUCUACCCCGGCUGUCCUGGCUGCAGGGACGGAGAAUAAAACAGAGGGGUUCUGCAGGCCAGCCCCAUGGCAGCACCCUGGCGGUGAUGACGGUGCUGGACCCCGGCUGGGCUGGGCUCGUGGCGCGCACAGGGCGGCCAGCCGCUCUCCCCCUCGCUGAGAUGCUGUCAGGGCGGUGGCGGCUGGAAGGCCGGUCCUGGCGCCGGGCCAGCCCCUCGCCAGGCUCCUCCUCGGCCGUGGCGCUGCGAGCCCUCUACGACUACCAGUACGAGGCGGAGGACGGGCGCCAGGUGGCCAUCGCUGAAGGCGAGUGCUUCCUGCUGCUCCACAAGACCAAUGAGGACUGGUGGCAGGUGCGGCGGCUCAGCGAUCCCCGGAGGGCACGGCCCAUCUUUGUGCCGGCCACCUACGUGGCGGAGGUGGGCCCUCGCGUGGAGGGUGGCCCGUGGCUGAGUGCCACGCUGCUCGCAGCCGCUGGCACCGGGCAGCACCCAUCCCCGGGCCUGCAGCCACGGUACCGAUCCCUCCAGGACCUGUCCAGCUGCCCAGCCCCGCCUGGCCACUACUCCUGCCACAGCCUGAGCCUGCCAGCCUGGGACCCCGGCCCCCAGCUCGGCCCGACCCACCCCGUCAGCAGGAGCAUCAGCGCCACCGGCCUGGCCCAGAGCCCCGGCAGUGACGCGCCCGUCCCCAGAUGCCAGCAAGAGCGGUGCCCGGAGCCGGUGCGGCAGGGGGCCAGCCCCCCUGGGGGUCCACCCUCUGGAGCCACCAUGGAGGAGCCCCCGAUUUACUGCAACCUGGAGGAGAUAAAGCAGGUGCGGGGGGAACCCCCCAACCCCAGCGGCCCCCCGCUGCAGGUGCUGGACACCUGGGAGCGCCACCUCGACCCCAGCACCGGCCGCAGCUACUUCUACAACCGGGAGACGGGCGACAAGUCUUGGAAACCUCCACGGCGCCACCGGGAGAUGAGUUUGCUCCCCGUGGAGGCUCUGAGCCCCGAGCCCCCGGCAGCCGCCGACCGGGGGGAGACGCUGACGCAGGGCGGGGACGGCGUCCAGGCCGGCCGGCUCGGCUACACCAAAUCCAUGAUCUUGCCGGAAUCCCGUGUGCCCAAGGUGUCUCACCGCAGGAAUCGCUCCCAGCCCAGCUUUGAGGACUGGGUGGGGACCGGUCCCCCCACCACUUCCCCCGGGGGCUGCCCCCCUCACCCCUCUGACUUACCCCAUGAGGUGGAGAAGGCUGGGCAGCUGAACAAAACCAAGAUUGCAGAGGGGGGCCGGAAACUCAGGAAGAGCUGGGGCAUCUCCUGGGUGGUGCUGGCUGGGAACAGCCUCGUCUUCUACAAGGAUCUCAAGGGCCCGGCCCACACCAGCUGGAGACCCGCCAGCAGCAGGCCUGAGAGCAGCGUGGACCUGCGGGGCGCGGUGCUGGAACGGGCACGAGACAUGUCCAGCAAGAAGAACGUCAUCCACCUCCGCACAGUGACUGGCAACGAGUUCCUGCUGCAGUCGGACAGCGAGGCCGAGAUCCAGGAGUGGCACCAGACUAUCAAGGGCGUCAUCCGUAGGCUGGACCGGGAGAACCCCCUGGACGAGCCGGGCUACGUGCUGCGCCGGGCCGGCAGCUCCGAGCUGGGGGAGCUGAGCGGGGAUGAGGAGGACGACGGGCUGAGGCCAAAGGACAGCUGGAAAUCCUCCGGUUCCACCUGCCGCCCGGACAGCACCGAGAGGAAGCGGGUCAAGAGCAAACUCCGGCGCUUCAUCGUCAAACGCCCCCCGCUGCAGAGCCUGCAGGAGAAGGGGCUCAUCCGAGACCAGGUCUUUGGCUGCCGGCUGGACGCCCUGUGCCAGCGGGAGAAAGACACAGUGCCCCGCUUUGUCCGGCUCUGCGUUGAGGCUGUGGAGAAGAGAGGCCUCGAUGCGGACGGGAUCUACCGGGUGAGUGGGAACCUGGCCGUGAUCCAGAAGCUGCGUUUUGCCGUCGACCGGGAGCGGGCAGUGACCUCGGACGGACGCUAUGUCUUCCCGGAGCAGCCGUGCCAAGAGGAGCGGCUGAGCCUGGCGGACCCCGAGUGGGACGACGUCCACGUGGUGACCGGCGCCCUCAAGCUCUUCUUCCGCGAGUUGCCCGAGCCCCUGGUGCCCUUCGCCCUCUUCGACGCCUUCGUGGCUGCCGUCAAGCUCCCGGCCGGUGCCGAGCGGGUGCAGCGCCUGGCCGAACUGGUCCAGAGCCUGCCCCCACCUAACUACGCCACGCUGCGCUACAUCCUGGCCCACCUCCGCAAGGUGAUGGAGUACGCCGAAGUGAACCGCAUGACCCGGCAGAACAUCGGCAUCGUCUUCGGCCCCACGCUGCUGCGUCCCGAGAAGGAGCUGGCCAGCAUGGCCGUGGACAUGGUCCACCAGAACCAGGCCGUGGAACUGCUGCUCUCCGACUUCCAGCGCAUCUUCCCGGCCCCCGGCGCCAACUGAGCCCCUGGCCGGGCCUGGGGCCCGGGCCCCGAACCCCUGCCCAGGAUCAGGACCGCCGCCUAGCCCACACUGGGCUCAGCGCAGCCAAGGACAAUGGCCCCGUCUCACCCCCAGGCGUCGGACCAUGGAGACCCUGCAUGGGAGCCGGCGUCCCCGAGCAGGGAAAGGCCCCGUGGCCCGUUCCCCACCCCCCUGAGCCAGCCUGUGCCCCGCCCUGGGGCCGGAUCGGAGCCCCUGCCCUGCCGGGUCUGUGCGUGCCCAGGGCACCAUCUGUCUGGACUCACGAGCCCGGGGCCGGGCAGUAAAUGGCCAUCGGCCCAGGGAGCCCCCCAGUCUCUAUGCUGUGAUUUGCUGCGGGGGAGGGGGUGUGACGAAGUGGGACUGUUCUUAAUGUUUCUUCUGAAUAGUGUGGGGGUGCCUCAGUUUCCCCUAGGCAGUUCUCAAGUCUCUAGGGGGUGGGAUAAGGGUGUAUGAUCAUUGCAGAGCCCUAGAGGGCAGGUGUGUGCAGGGGUCUGGACACAGAGAAUGGCCGACACCCUGUUUCCUGGCCACUGAUGGCCUGGGCCCUUCCCCCCUGCAAGGUGAGAGCUAAAGGGUUGGAGAACAAAAGAAUCCGGUGCCCUCCUGGCCCGGGAAAGGGACAAAGCCCAGAGGAGGGGGGCUGGAGAGAGUUUCAGUUUGGGGCUGGCUGGGGAUGAUGAGUGAAGGGCAGACGUGGUUGUCUGGCUCACUGCCCCCCAGAAUGGACCGAGCUGAGGGGUCCUGUUCUCUGCACCUGCAAGCUCUGUGUUAGACCAUGUUCCUGUCGUCUAAUAAACCUUCUGUUUUACUGGCUGGCUGAGAGUCCCGUCUGGCUGCAAAGUUGGGGGGGCAGGACCCUCUGGCCCCCCCAGGACCCCACCUGGGCGGACUCGCUGGGGAAGCGCAUGGAGGGGCAGAGGAUGCUGAAGGCUCUGGGGUCAGACCCAGGAAGGUGGAAGCUGUGUGUCCUGCAGACAGUCUGAUCACAGAAAGGAGACUUCCCCAGAGACCUGCCUGGCUUCGUGAGGAGCAGUUCCAGAGCAUUGCCCAGGGACCCCGUGACAACUGGUGGCAGAGGUGGGAUGUAUUGCACCCCGUGGAUGGCACUUCCUGCAGUAAGUGACUUGGGAUCAGUAAAACGAAGGGGGAUUGACGGGGACCAGGCGUGCUGCUGAAGAUUCAGAGAGAGACGGUUUCAGGGGGCGGUUAACCCCUGGGAGUGUGUGACCAGAGAGAAUGACUUUUGCAGUAACAGGGUUCCCCUGGGGAUUGCAGCGAGCGGUCCCAGGGGUGGAGGAGUCUGCCGCUUGACCCUGGCAAAGAGGUGGUGACCUCGAGAAGGGCUGGCACACGAGGGGUUCUCCCUGGAAACCGUGGGGAGCUGAGAGCACACAGGCCUGUGAGUCCACAACAACUUGGGAGGAGCGGAGUGACGGCCUGUCACCGUCUCCUGAAGAAGGACAUUGUAACCCUGUGCAGAAAGAGAGGGUUGAGCGUUGGAAAGUGCACCAAAGCAGAGUUAAUCCUGCAGCUGGAGGAGGAUGACCGCUCUAAGGAACAGAUUCCUGACCCCAACUGGGGCUAUAGCAGGAUCAGGGAGCAGCUGGAGUGGUAGCCAGGCACCCCCAAGACUCCUGUCCCCGACCAGACGGGGGUCUUCACGAUCGGGUUCCCCAUCGGGGGAUCGAGACGGACGGGAUUGGAGCUGAGUCUGAGAGAGCGAGAGGACCGUGAGAGACAGCGAGAGCCCGAGAAAGAGCUGCAGAAGCAGCAGCAGGAUGAACUGGCGGUGGGGGAGCGGAGAGGCCUAGGGGACCCCCCAGGGGUGAGUGGGGAUAGACCCUGGGGGGCCAGUUCCGCAGGGAACCUCGAGAUUAAAUUGCUGCCCCUGGUUGAGGAGGGGGGGUGUGGAUGCCACCUCACUGCCUUUGAGCAGGCUGGCGAUUUGAACCAAGGGGACCAUGCGGAAAAGCCCUGGUGUCUAGCUCCCUUGCUGGGUCCCAAGGCCAUAGACUCCGUCAGCCAGAUGGGUGGGGAGGUGGACAGGCUCCCACUCCUGACCCCAACCUAUAUGUCUGUGUGGAAGGUGAUGGUCAAUGGGGAGACAUUCCUGGGGUGGUGAGAUCCUGGGACAGAGAGAACGGUUGUCAGGCCCUGGGUGGUGCAGCCUCAGAUACCGAGGGGCUGUGUGAGGGUCCCAGGGAUGAAGCCCCUCGCCCUGCCUAUGGCCCAGAUCCCUGUGCAGACCCAGGAGGGGUGGGGCUGGCUGGUCAUUGGGGUUCUCCAGGAUACCAGCUGCGAGACCCUGUUAGGGGGUGACUUUGUCUCUUUGGGACAGGAUCCAGGCCCUGCUCCUGUAAUGGCCGAGGGUUUGAAUUUGAAUCCAGGGAACCAAUCUGCGGAGAGGGAAAUGGUCAGUGAAAAUGCAGAUGACCUGGCUGGCGGGGGGGGGGGGGAAGGAGCGGCUAGGCUCAGCUACCUGUCUGCCUGUAAGCAGACCCCUGGGGCUGGGCAGACAGAGAGAUGCUCCCCGCCCCCUUGCACACCGGAGAGGGGGCUCAGGGGGCUCACGCUGGCUCUGAUGCAGUGAGGAAAGCAGGGAGCUCGCUGCCUACCCCCUCUGGGACAGCAAGGGCAGCGCUGAGCAUAGUGGGAGCUGAGACCCCAGCUGAGUGGGGGGAGACACAGGCAGGGGAGGGGAUCUGUGGGGAGUGGCAAGGUGCUUGGUAAGGAAAGUUUGGAUGAGCCUAGGCAGCCUUGUGAGCUGACGGCUGUGUCUAGCGAGGAGGGUGGAAGAUGAGUGUCCCUGGACCUUACCUGUUAGCUGGGUGGAGAAGUGUGACAGGGAAGGAAACGUGCCUGUGUCUGUCAGGGGUAUUGACUUGCCUAUGGAGGGAGCUACCCUGGUCUCCAAGCAGUUGUCUGUGACCAGCCCUGUGUGCUGGGACAAGGGGAAUGAGAUCCCAAGCUGUGGGUCUGGGAGAGGAGAAAGUGUGUCCGGCUCUUCUUUGUCCGUGGAGCAGACAGAAGGGGCCUUUCAGCCUGUGAUGACUGAGGGUCGUGCAGUUGUCUCAGAGUUGGUUCUGGAUUCAGCUAAAGCCCAGGAAGGGAAGGGUCCAAAGUUUGGGUCUGCUCAGGAGAAUGGCCCUGUAAUUAGGUUGCAUCCAGUUAGUGUCUAUGUAAAAUCCCAGAGACCAGGCAAUUCGGGUGCUUGUAUUUUGCCCGUAGCUAGUGUGUUGUUGGGAAAGGGUGUCGCAACUCUGUCUCAUCAGGGUGAGAUCCUAGCCAGGGCACAAGGAGAGCAUGAAGGUGAUGUGAUUGUGUUACCGACUGAGGGUGUGGAAACCUGCAGCAAGAAGGAAAAGAUUCCUGAACUUGUGUGUGGCAAAGGGAAGGAGAAUGCUUCUGAUCUUCUAUCUAGGAAGUCUGUCAGUUUUCCUGAAAGGGGAUUGUGUAGGAAUCCGCCGGAUGGGCCAGAGGUAAUUCUGGAUUUGAGUGAGACCCAGAAAGAUCUGUUGUUGCUCAGGAAAGUGUUCCUCUAGAGCAAGCCCUAGGUAAAGAGGGUAAGAGCAAAAAGAAAAGGAGUACUUGUGGCACCUUAGAGACUAACCAAUUUAUUUGAGCAUGAGCUUUCGUGAGCUACAGCUCACUUCAUCAGAUGCAUACCGUGGAAACUGCAGCAGACUUUAUAUACACACAGAGAAUAUGAAACAAUACCUCCUCCCACCCCACUGUCCUGUUGGUAAUAGCUUAUCUAAAGUGAUCAACAGGUGGGCCAUUUCCAGCACAAAUCCAGGUUUUCUCACCCUCCACCCCCCCACACAAAUUCACUCUCCUGCUGGUGCUAGCCCAUCCAAAGUGACAACUCUUUACAUAAUCAAGUCGGGCUAUUUCCUGCAUACAUCCAGGUUUUCUCACAUCCCCCCCACCCCCAUACACACACAAACUCACUCUCCUGCUGGUAAUAGCUCAUCUAAACUGACCACUCUCCAAGUUUAAAUCCAAGUUAAACCAGAACAUCUGGCUGAGGGGUGAAUUGUUGCAUAGAAAAGCCCUCGGGAAAGGAAUCCUCAUGGAGUCUUUGCAAGCAGUUUACUGCCACUGAAGGGUGUGAAAGUGAUUUAAUCAAGAGUGUUUCAGGUCCUAACAGCCAGAAAUUUUCUGUUCUGAAUGGAUCCACUGACUUUCCUGUUGAAAGAUCCAGUGUGGAUAGCUUUGAGAAGGUCUCAGAUGGAGUGAAAGCAGUUAAGAAAGUUAAACAGUCCUAUAAACAAGUGGCUGUGUUUGGCCAGCUUGUUGGGGAGAAGACCCAAUCGCAGUUUGACCCCCUGGGGUUUUGGGGGUGGCCAAAGGGCACGGGCCGCAUAAACCUUCCCACAUGCAGCCUGUGAGUGCUAUCGACCACCCCCAACCUAAGGGAGGGCGUGACACUGGAAGGGCCUGGUGUAACUCCUACCAAGGAAUGGGAGAGAUGCUGGGGCAUUCAUGGGAACAUUGGUGGCUUUGAACUUCCCCAGGUCACUGGCUAAAGUGACCUUGCUCAGUUCAAUAUCAAAGGGGGGAGAGAUGUGACGAAGUGGGACUGUUCUUAAUGUUUCUUCUGAAUAGUGUGGGGGUGCCUCAGUUUCCCCUAGGCAGUUCUUGAGUGUCUGGGUGGUGGGGUAAGGGUGUAUGAUCACUGCAGAGCCCUAGAGGGCAGGUGUGUGCAGGGGUCUGGACACAGAGAAUGGCCGACACCCUGUUUCCUGGCACCUGAUGGCCUGGGCCCUUCCCCCCUGCAAGGUGAGAGCUAAAGGGUUGGAGAACAAAGGAAUCUGGUGACCUCCUGGCCCGGGAAAGGGACAAAGCCCAGAGGAGGGAGGGCUGGAGAGAGUUUCAGUUUGGGGCUGGCUGGGACAUGGAGCGAAGGGCAGCCGUGGUUGUCUGGCUCACUGCCCCCCCAAAAUGGACCCAGCUGAGGGGUCCUGUUCUCUGCACCUGCAAGCUCUGUGUUAGACCAUGUUCCUGUUGUUUAAUAAACCUUCUGUUUUCCUGGCUG